AUGGACGGGCCGGGCCGGGCCGCGGAGCCCAGCGGACGGGCGGACGAUGCGGCGGGCGGGCCCCGCUGGUCCCCGGCCCCCGAGGAGGGCGCAGAGCCCCUGGCAGAGCCGCAGUGCGAGACACCCCCCGAGACACCCCCGGCCGGCCCGCAGCCGACCCCCCCCCCCACGGUCCUGCCCACCCUCCUGGCCUACAGACCCGAGUCCUCGGAGGCAAACGUACACCACGAGGCAGAGGAGGAUGCUGAGCCAACCUGCGAGUACUGUGGCAACCUGCUGAGGCCGUUCCCCUUCUCCCAGGAUGUGCCUCUCUCCGAAGACCAGGAGGACAAAUUCUGCUGCAAGCGCAGCCGGGAGCUCUAUGAGUUCAUCAUGAAGGAGAAGAAGAGGCUCGAGGAUGCCAGCAGCCUUCCCAGAGCUGUCAGCACCCAGGAAUCCCUCAGCGCUGAAGCCAACCUGCUGCUGUCAAAGGAGCAAGACAGCCAGAGGCAGCAGAAGAGACACCUGGCUAGAGAGUUGGCUGACCAGUCUUUAAGGCUGAGUGCCACUAAAGGGUUACAGCAAGCUGGAUCCGCUUCCUACAAGCCUUCCCAGGAACGCACGUCUCCCAAAGGCAGGACACCAGCGCCUCCUGCAAGCGCAGCCAAGCACGAGCCCUGGGCCAAGGAGAAGCACAAGCUCGAACCCGAGCCCUGGGCCAAGGACAAGCACAAGCUCGAACUCGAGCCCUGGCCCGACGAGAUGCCUGAACUAGAAUCCCAGCCCAAGGAGGAGCCUGAACUGGAAUCCCAGCCUAAGGAGAAACCUGAACUGGAACCCCGGCCCGAGGAGGAGCUUGAGGAAGAGCCCCAGCCCGAGGAGGAGUCUGAGCUGGAGCUUUGGCCUGAGGAGGAGCCUGAGCUGGAGAACGAGGCCGAGCUGGAGAACGAGCCCAAGUCCCAGCCCGAAGAGGAGCCUGAGUCCAAGAAAGAGCCCAAGCACGACAAGAAGCCCGCGUCCCGCAGCGUCCUCUGCUACGAAUUCAGUCUUCUGGGGAAGAAGGUGGGGAAGGGUAAACUGGUGCAGAAGUACUACAAAAAUGGAAAGAAAUUCCUUACCAUGCUCCCAGACGGAACAUCGCAGUUAUUCUAUCCAUCUGGAAACCUGGCCAUCAUCAUUGCACAAGCCACCGACCAGCUGAUGUGCAUAGUACAGGAAGACGAGCCAAGGACAGCCAAAAUCCGAGCACUGUUUCAGUCUGAUGGCAGGAGCACAUGCUAUUACCCUUCCGGAGAUGAGUGGAUAAAUAUGAGUAUGCAGGGUGGGCAGUAUUUGGACCAAGCAGGCAACAGGGUAAGAAGGUGGAUGUGGCCAAACUUGUUACCAGAGCCCCAGGUCCCACUGAGCCCCAUUUUCAUCUCACUGAACCACUACGUGGGGGUCAGGAUCCUGGCCCAGGACAAGAUCUUCGUCUCCUUCCUCGCCAUGGGGCGACAAGCAAAACUCAACAUGGGAACCAAAGUGCAGGUCAGCACUGACAGCCAGCUGCCUCCUCCAGCCCGGCUGGGUGAGGAUGAGCUGCUGCUGCUUGCCUUCCGCGUGAAGAUCCUGCAGCUCUUCGACAGGAUGCGGGGCUGCCUCACCUUCCCCUCCAGUGAGCAGUGGAACAAAAUGCAGCCUCCCAUGUACCUCAUCAGCCAGGCUGUGAAGAUCCUGGAGCUCAGCGUGACUGCUGACAUAAGUGAUGAGCUGGCCAACUCCAUCAAGGCGAUAGUAAAUGCCCAGUAGUUCUGACCAGU